CUCGUCACCGUCACCAUCGUCAAAUGGGAGGAGCGCACGAUGAGCGGGUGUGAGAGGGCCGCAUCAUCGCGCUGCUGCAGAUGAAGCAUGGCAGGAGACAGCGAGACAAAGCCGGCAGACCAAGCCGAAAAUGAGAGCAUUAAUUGGCAGCCUUUCCUCAUUGGUGUCGCUGGAGGGACAGCCAGCGGAAAGUCAUCGGUGUGCAGCAAGAUCAUGGAGCUGCUGGGCCAGAACGAGAUCGACCACCACCAGCGACAAGUGGCCAUCCUCAGCCUGGACAGCUUCUACAGGGUCCUCACCCCGGAGCAGAAGGCCAAGGCACUCAAGGGCCAGUUCAACUUCGACCACCCAGAUGCAUUUGACAACGAUCUCAUAAUCGCGACUUUGUGGGACAUCAAGGAGGGAAAAACCGUCCAGAUCCCUGUGUACGACUUUGUUUCCCACUCCAGGAAGGAGGAGACCGUGACGGUGUACCCUGCUGACGUGGUGCUGUUUGAGGGCAUUCUGAUGUUCUAUUCUCAGGAAAUCCGAGACCUUUUCCAAAUGAAGCUGUUUGUGGACACAGACGCAGACACACGUCUAUCUCGAAGAGUGCUGCGUGAUAUCAGUGAACGUGGACGGGACUUGGAAAGCGUUCUAGCACAGUACAUUACUUUUGUUAAGCCUGCAUUUGAGGAGUUCUGUCUGCCAACGAAGAAAUAUGCUGAUGUAAUCAUACCGAGAGGAGUUGACAAUCUCGUUGCUAUAAAUCUCAUAGUUCAGCACAUCCAGGAUAUUCUAAACGGUGGUUUGACCAAACGGCUGAACGGGUGGUUUAACGGUUAUGGAACAACAAAGAAGCAGCCAAACAUGGAGUCCAGCAGUCGGCCUCACUGAGCGCAGCCCUUCCCGAGCGAAGAGUGGAAGGAGGGUCCGUCCAUACGAGCCCAAUGUGCUCUAUGCUGUGGCUAAAAAGGCAGGAGCAUCCUGGGGCUCAAAAGACCAGUUUUUUAUAUGAUUCUGUUUAGACUGAGGAAAUGAAUAAGGGAAAUCAGUCCUUUUGUGCAGCUGGUUUAAAGGUUGUAUUCGGUUCUAUUUUCUUUUUAGUUUGUGUACUGUCCGAGAUGGCAGGGGGAGAAAUACAAACUUUUAAGGGUCUAACUUGCAAUUUAAUUACAAACGGAUGCUUGCCUUUACCACAGCACUGAAACUUACAGCAGUUAUGGUGUCUAAAAAAAGAUGUCCCAAUACUUGACAGUCUUUAACUAUACAAUAUAUUUUGUGUAGCAAUAUGCUGUUUAAUGGCAGGCAGGGCCUUGCCCUAUCUUACUGCUGUUAAAGGUGCACCAUAUUUCUUUUUUCAAUGCAGCUUGACAUCAUUUUAUUUUUUUUCAAGCUCUGUAUAAAACAUAUUUUGACUUGUACAAAUAUAGAUUUUGAAAUAAUGUACUAAUGUAUUGAGACUUCUGACGCUUGUGUCGCGUUGCCCCGAGCUGCACUUACUCUAUCUCGUCUAAAUCUAAUGAACUGAAUUAGUCAAAUGAAACAACCGAUUCCCACCUCAAAUCAUCUGAUGUAUGACAUCACCAAAGAUUAUUUUCGGGACUGUCUUUAUUUCAACGUGAUACUGACAUUGCUGUAAGCCAUUUAAUAAGAUGUUGGUAACAUAAAGAACAAUUACUUAUGUUGUUAUGAAAUAACCACAAAGUAUUAGUUUUUUUUUUUGAUUCCCAUAAACUUGAAUCCUCAGAUGCAUAUGCAAGUUUCAUUUAAAAAGACACAGUGAAGAUGGUGUCACUAAAUGCAUUGAGUUGUGAAAUGUCAUUAAGUACGAGAUACCCGAUGUAAAAUGUGUUCUGUAAAUGUUGUUUUUCUCAUAAUAAAGUUCUCAGGUACUCUUUGUUUGCUCGAGUUGACACACCCGUCACUUCCAAAUUCUUGCAUUUCAUUAAAAGAAAUGUUUUAAGACUAUUCUGUUUUACUCUUAAAUCUAGACAUUAAAGGUUCAGUGUGUAAUUCUGAGACACCUGCUCCAAUGAAAUAGUAAAUACUAAACUGGGUCCAUACAAUCUCUAAUGUUCAUAUUUUAGUUGUAGUAGUUUGGCAUGUUUAUUGUAUUCUAAUUUAUUCUUUAUAUUGUGUAUUGCAUUUACUCCUG